UCGCUUUUUCCUUUUGUCAGAAUGAGUAGUGCGUAUAACUCCUUGUAACUCGCGUUGCCAGGAAAUGGAGAAAUCAAUGGGAUCAGUGAUUAAUUGCAGAAGUAACCGUUGAAGAUUGAUUAUCACUUUAUGAAAUCUUACUUUACAGGAUAGGAAUCUUCAUCCUGAUCAUCUUAUGAGCAGGCGACUACAGAAUAAUCAUUCAUAAAAUGURUCUUUCUAUUGAUAAAGCACGCAGCGAAUCCAAAGUCACUUGAGCCGAUUAGCAGCMACGAUGAAUGACCAGCUCUUGAACAAUUCUUCUUCCAAUAAUUCAUCGAUUUACGGAUUAACAACGAAAGUUUUCUCUUCGACAUCAAUUUUGAGCAGCUCACCAAACUUGUUAAUCGCCAUUGUCACCUUGUAUUUUAUYCUUAUAACCGCUGGUAUUGUUUUGAACAGCGUUGUUUGUUAUGUGAUGGUAAAGCGUAAGCGUUAUCGUCGCAACAUUAGCAGUUUCUUCAUAACCCAUAUGGCUGGUGUGGACCUUGUGUACCGCGUGUUGUUAACGCCCUCUUCAGUGUACCUGUCCUUGCCUUCAAGUCAAAGCAAAUCUAUACCAUGUAAGACUAGUAUYUUUGUAGGUACUACAUGUGCUGCAGCCGUGUUUGGGAGCCUGGUAGUGAUUGCUAUCGAUAGAUAUCGCAAUAUAGUCCAYCCUUUAAAGGGUUUAAGUCAAUCUAAGCGUCCACGUCGAUUAGUCCUACUGGUAUGGGGUUAUGCUAUUAUCUCGUCUGUUAUGCUCCUUUACACCGUACAAAACACCCCCCAAGACCACCCCGAUCAGUUAAAAGAAACUGUAGGCAAUCCUACAUCAUGUGACGUCCGUCCAGGAUUAGUUGGCGGGAUAUCRGUGAUGAUUUCCAUAGUAAUGAUCUUUCUGUUGCCCUUAGUAACCAUCAUCGUUACUUAUUCAGCUAUGUUCAUCAGUCUUAGACAAUGUAGUCAAACAGGCCUCGUGCAUAAGGCAGCAGCAAAGUCCAAAGCUAAAAGCGCUCGUAUGCUGGUGUUGGUAGUUAUUGGGUUUGUCAUGUGCUUUGGUCCUUCUUUCGUGUCCUCAAUGGUUAAUUCCAAUAUACUCCUCGGUCAUAAGAACAACAGCCAAGAYGCCUCUCUGUUAUCAAUUGUAGCAAACCUUCUAGAGCUGUGCAGCUCACUGGUGAAUCCAUUGAUUUACGCAUUUUACAGUAGCGACUUUAGGAAGGAUUUAGGCCACGUCUGUCAGAUUCCCCGACCUCCUCCUAAACACCUUCAUACUACUUGUGGCUGUAUGAUAUCAUAUACUCUAUGACGUCACAUCCUACACCGGUAUUCGCAUCAUGGUGUCCAAAKGACUCUUUCCAUYAAUUGUAAACAAAUCAAUUCAAGCUAAUAACUCCUGAAAAGAUCCGAGAACAAACAUAUCCGAUAUUCCAGUAUUCUAGCAAGAAACAGCACCACUCUUUGAAAAAGAGCUGGGUGCCCAACUGCUGCAAGCAACGUUCAAAAUUAAAAUUCUUAAAAAAUUGACAGUAGUUAUUUUAAUUUGGUGUCGCGACAACGACUUUUGAAAAAGUUGUAUAUCGAUCUUARUUGUUAUUUGUCUUGAGUUUAUACAUGAUGUAUAAAGAAUAUACUAAAACUGAGUGAAUGAAAGAAAUAAUAUAAAAAUGUAUAUGAGAAUUGCAUAUGCCUCUAGUAGGGGCAAUAUACAUAGCUUACAGUGAAGAUUCACCCAUAGCUCACGAUAUCUAACAGAAUGAAACUUUUGAACAGUGAACGAGCGAGUGAUUGACAGAUUUUCCCGCUUCUAAUAAAGUCCGAGUUAAAAAGGACGGAAAUAAACUGUAGAAGCGCGGAGAUUUUUCAGACCCGAAGCGAGUCCAGUUAGAAAACAUGCUCUUAAUAAAAGUGACUUUUUCAAAAGGGUUUACCU